AUGGGCUUGCUGCCGAGCGGUGGCUUUUUAUUCAAAACGAGCCUGAACCUUGUUCGGCGGAUUUUAUCGCCGGGAUCAAAAUUGCUAAAGCUGAUCGGUGAAGAUGUGAAGUUUGAGAUAACUUGUGGUUUCAAUGGACGCAUUUGGAUUAAAGGCUUAAACAUCAGGGAAACAAUAGCCGUUUACCGUAUAAUUCGGGAUUCGGAAUUCAUUGCAGAACCGGAUAUUCCAAUUUUAGUUGAUAAACAGAUCAGACAACUGCGCGGAUUUCCAGUAGACAAUGAGAUGAAUAUUUAG